UAUAGAGUAAUAAAAUUGCUUACAUAUUAUUGGAUAAAAGUUUCAUAAAAUCUGUGAUAUCACGAUAAAUUAUUGUAUUAAACGAUGUAGUUAUAGAUAUAUAAAACAACAUAUAUAUAUAUUCUGUGGAUGUGGUAAACAUUCAAUAAGCAAUUUGUUAUUUGUCAAUCAUUACUUAAAUAUGGAACCAUUUUUAUGCAACCCUGCAUUACACCGUGCCGCCGACUCACCUUAUUUGGUAUAGAAAUUGGUAGCUUCACGUAAUUGUUGAUUUUACAAACUUAUUAAUAAUGUCGGACUACGAUAGUGAUCAAGAGAGUUAUCAUGGUGGCAGUGGUAGUGAACCAGAGGUAAUAGACCCAAGCUAAUGUCAUUCAACAUUUUAAUAAUUGUUUUUAGGAAGAUUCAAAUUCACAAGUGGAUCGUUCACCAAGUGUAUCCGAAGCUGAAGAAAAUAAUCAGUAUGUACAACAGUUUUUUAUUACUAACAAUCCAUACCAAAACUAAAUUUUUAUUACAGAGAAGAAGAAGUUGCCGACGAACAAGAACCUGAAGGAGAAGAUCUAAAUUCUGAGAACGUAAAUUCUACUUUUCUUGUAUACUAUUUAAACUCUUAAUAAUUACUUUUGGGUUUAUCAGGAAUAUGAUGAAGAAGAAGAUGAAGAAGAUAAUCGUCCGAGCAAAAAGAAAAAGAAAAAUGAACGUUUUGGAGGUUUUAUUAUCGAUGAAGCUGAUGUUGAUGAUGAAGUAGAAGAAGACGAUGAUUGGGAAGAUGGAGCGGGAGAAUAUGGUAUUGUUGCUAAUGAAGUUGAUGAAUUGGGUCCUACUGCUAGGGAAAUUGAAGGACGUCGACGUGGAACUAAUCUUUGGGAGUAAGAUAAAUUGGUUAAUUUAUUAAUUAUAUAUAUGGUGUAAUAUAAAUCUGACUUCUAAAAUAACAAAACAAAUCUAGUUUAGCACCUCACUUGCACUAUAACUGUCAAGUUCUAGUUACACCUAUGUUUUUGUCUAUUCAUUUUAUAUAAUUUUCAAAAAAAAAAUGAAAUACCUUCAUGGUAAAUAAUGUUUUCCACCAUCGCUUUAUAUCAUAAUAUCUACUUUUCUACCAGCAAUUUUGCAAUGAUUUACAAUGAUAGUACUUUUUCUGAAAGGAAAUUUGUCUGGGGAGGUCAUUGUCUCAAUAUUUUGAAAAAAAUGGGAGAACGGGAAAAUAGGUGCAAUAUUAAACAAAUAUUAUUAAAGAAAAUGUUUAAUGUAUAUGGAAUUACUUUACCAUAUUAUGACAUAUAUAUUGUUGAUCAAUCAACACUAUCAACUGAAUUCCGUUUAGAAUAGUUUUUUCAUUAGCAAUGGAUAAUCGUUGUUUUCAGAUAUAUAUUCAAUUUUCGUCUGUAUCCUACCUUCUCAAUUUUCCUCCUACAACAGUGACUACACUCACGUGCGAAGUAUGCCUGUCUUUUUAAUUUUGUUGUAUUUAAAAAAAAAUAUUCCUAGUAUACCUCUGUGAUGUUUUUUUUUUAAUUUGUGAACUUAAAAUUGUAUUAAAAUACUACUAAUGAAUUUACUUAGAAAAUUAAUUUCAUACAUUAAAAUAUGUGCCAAAGUUUAGAUUAAAUAACAAAAUAAUAAAGUUUAACAUUGUUAAAAAACAUUUAUAAAAUGACACCCUCCCUCCAAAAAAGCAAGACUUAGGCUUGAAGUAAGUGAAUUCAAAAAGUUGCAACUUAUAAUAAAGUAGAUAAUUAUAGAAUAUAGAAUGAACCAAGUUAUUUCUGGUAUCAGAUCUUUGUGUUAUACCCUGUAUAUUUAAAUAUUUUAUACAAUUACACACUGAAAUUAUAUAAUUUAUUAUAUAAAUUUAUUUUAAUAUUUUUAGUUCUCAAAAUGAAGAUGAAAUUGAAGAGUAUUUGCGUAAAAAAUACGCAGAUGCUUCAGCACCAAUAAAACAUUUUGGAGAUGCUGGUGAAGAGUUAGCUGAUGAAAUUACACAACAAACUCUUUUACCUGGUGUUAAGUAAGAUUUAUAUUAUAUCAGAUGUUAUAGAUAUAUUACAGCUGUAUCACAUUAUAGAGAUCCUAAUUUGUGGAUGGUUAAAUGUCGCAUUGGUGACGAGAAAAACACUGCUUUAUUGUUGAUGCGCAAGUUUAUCGCUUAUCAAUUAACUGAAAAUCCAUUGAAAAUAAAAUCUAUAGUCUCUCCUGAAGGUGUUAAAGGCUAUAUUUACAUUGAAUCAUAUAAACAAACUCAUGUGAAGUCAGCUAUUGAAAAUGUUAGUAGUCUUAAAAUGGGAUUUUGGAAACAACAAAUGGUACCUAUAAAAGAAAUGACUGAUGUUUUGAAAGUUGUUAAAGUUCAAACUGGUUUAAGAUCUAAGCAAUGGGUUAGAUUAAAAAGAGGUAUGUUAUAAUUUUCUUGCUGAGAAUCAGAUUAAAAUAAACUGCAAGGAUAAUUUAUUUAUCUAAGUUUAUUUUUGGCAGGUCUUUAUAAAGAUGAUAUUGCUCAAGUGGAUUAUGUUGAUUUGGCUCAAAAUCAUGUACAUUUAAAACUACUCCCCAGGAUUGAUUAUACCAGACCACGUGGUGCUCUUAGAGCAUCUAUGGUAUACCAUACAUAAUUAAUUUGUUGUAAAUUGUUUGUAUUAUUUAAAAGUAUUAUAAUUUUAUUAAUAUUUGUAGGACUCAGAAGCUUUAAAAAGGAAAAAAAAAAGACGUCCUGCAGCCAAACCAUUUGAUCCAGAAGCAAUCAGAGCUAUUGGUGGUGAAGUUACUAGUGAUGGUGAUUUUUUAAUAUUUGAAGGGAACCGUUACAGCCGUAAAGGAUUUUUAUACAAAAACUUUUAUAUCAAUGCAAUAACUGCUGAUGGUAUCAAACCUACUCUCUCUGAGCUUGAAAAGUUUGAAGAAGCCCCUGAAGGCAUAGAUAUAGAAUUGCCCGUAUCCAAUAAAGACAAUUCUGCUAACAGUCAGUCGUUGAGUUCUGGGGAUAAUGUUGAAGUGUGUUCUGGAGAGUUAAUUAAUUUACAAGGAAAAGUAUUAUCAAUUGAUGGUGAUAUGGUUACUAUUAUGCCUAAACAUGAUGAUCUCAAAGUGAGUAACAAUAAAUAAUAUAAAUAUCAAUUUCUAUAUUCAUGAUAGUAUAUGUGUACAUUAUAAAAUUAGUUGCCACUAGAAUUUAUGGCAAGUGAAUUGCGUAAAUUUUUCAAACAAGGUGAUCACGUAAGAGUAGUAGGAGGACGUUAUGAAGGUGAUACAGGACUCAUUGUUCGUGUUGAACAAAAUCGUAUUGUACUAUUCUCAGAUGUUACAAUGCACGAACUUGAAGUUUUACCUCGUGACUUGCAAUUGUGUUCAGACAUGGCUUCUGGUGUUGAUUCACUUGGACAAUUUCAAUGGGGAGAUCUCGUGCAAUUAGAGUGUGUAUUUAAAUUUACUUAGCUUAGAAUUUUUAAAUCUAAAUUUGUAAUUCAAUUAUACAUUUAUAUUAUAUUAAUUAUUAUUAGUCCACAAAAUGUUGGAGUGAUUGUGAGAAUCGAGCGUGAAAAAAUGCAUAUUUUAAAUAUGGCUGGAAAAUUGGUUGAAGCUAAACCACAAUCUCUUAAUAAAAAAAAAGAGCAUAGGAAUACAAUUGGAGUUGAUGCUUUGGGAAAUUCAAUACAGAGAAGAGAUAUUGUUAAAGUUAUUGACGGUCCACAUACGGUAUUUUUAUUUUAAACCAUAUAGAUUAUUUUUAUGUUGAAAAUUGAUAUCAUAUAUAGGGGAUGCAUGGUGAAAUCAAACAUUUGUACCGGCACCAUGCCUUUUUAUAUUCUCGUUUAAUGACUGAUAAUGGUGGAAUUUUUGUUUGUCGUUUAAGACACAUUGCAUUAGCUGGAAAUUCAACAAAUAAAGUAAUAUAAUAUAAUAUAAUUCUUUGUUUUAUCCUGAUCAAUUUUAAUUUUAUAUAUUUUUAUACAAUUAAGCAAGCUAUAACUGCACCACAAAAUGGAUUUGCAUCACCGCAAAUUACAUCACCACGUCACACACCAGGUAGUCCAUUUGGUGGUGGUGGAGGAGGUGGAAGUGGUGGCCGUGGAGGAGGGGCAGGAGGUAGAUUUAGUGGUGUUAGAAGAGAUAGAGAUUUAAUUGGCCAAACAAUUAGAAUUACUGGCGGCCCUUACAAAGGAGCUGUUGGUAUUGUAAAAGAUGCCACAGAGUGUACUGCCAGAGUUGAACUUCAUUCUUCUUGUCAAACAAUAUCGGUGGAUAGAAGAAACAUAACAAUUGUUGGACAACAAUCUAAGGAUGGUAGAUUGACAUCUUCAUACUCAAGAACUCCAGUCAAUUCUAUGAUGACCCCUGGAUAUCGCGAAGGAGGCAAGACUCCUGUACAAGGCUCAAUGACGCCAAACUACGAAGUUGGCAAUCGUACACCUCAUUUUGGAAGCACAACUCCAUCACACGAUGGUUCAAAAACACCUACACAAGCUUGGGAUCCAGCUGCUGGGUAUACUCCAGCUAGAGUGACCGAUAAUGAUUUAGAAUAUCCAAUGGAUCCUGGUACUCCUUUUGCACAAACUCCAAAUACAUUAUAUGGUUCUUCUGAUCAUUCUUAUUCACCAUAUCAAGGAAUAUCACCAUCUAGAGGUGGAGAAUAUAACAGUUAAUUAAUAUUAAUAUCAGAGAUUAGUCGAACUCAAAAAUUUUGUAGCCGAACUGAACUUUUUAUAUUCAAACCUAACUCGAACUUAAAAUAUUUUAGUAUUAUUUAUAAUGUUCAGGCUGUGUAUUAAUUUUUUUUUAAUCAGUCAAAUAAUAUCAUUUAUACAAAGUGAUUUUUAGAUUUGAGUGGAUGGAGCGAAGAAGCUUAUGAUAUUACAAAGAUGUUUAUUUUUGUUUUUCUGUGGACAACUUUUCUAUCAGCAAUUUUGAUCCGUUUUACAAUAAAUUAUAGCAUUUUCUAAAAGAAAAUCUGACUUGGUAGGUACUUUAGAGACGUCAUUUUUCGAUUUUCCUAUGAAUUUUCCCAGCAAAUUGGAAAAUACCGGAAAAUUUUAUGAAAUAUAGGUAUUAGUUGAAGAAAAAAAAAUUACAGCCUUUUUUCUUGUGAACAAUUUUUCUUCGAUUUUUGGUAUCGUGUUAACCAAUUUUUUUUUAAAAACAAUUUUUAAUUUGUAUCCUUAUUUCAUAUACCUUAAAUUAGCAUAUACUUUUAGUUUUCAAAUAGAAACCCCCAUUAUUGAACACAGAUUCGAAAAAAAAAAAUGUUAUUUUAGACAUGUUGAUAUUUAUAAAGCAUAACACUUAUAUCAGGUUUGCCAUUUAAAAAUUAUCACAGUUGUAAAAUUUAGUAUAAUUUAUAAGUUUCAACUAUUAACUUUUUUAAUUCUUUCACCUAGAGAAUAAGCCUUUUUUGAGGAGGGGGUGUCAAUUUAUAAUAAGUUGUUUUAAAACAUUUAGUUAUAUUUCAUAUUUUAGUCUAAACUUUGUUAUAUACUUUUUACAACUUUAUAAUGGCGUAAUAUAUUGUUAUUAAUUAUUAUUAGACCGGAAGAGUAGGUGAGGGUAGUAAAUUAUAUAUCUAUUUUUAAAUGGUAAAUUGGUAACUACUCCAGCAUAAACUUUAAGCUAGUUCAUGAUAAAAUAAUUGAUUUGUAUUUAAUAUUUAUAGAUUAUAUACGAUUUAUCAUAAUAUACCUACCUGUGUAUUUGGACACAUAAAAUAAAUGUUGGAUUUUUUAAAUUGCUUAUCUUAUUAAUUAUCAGUAAUAUGAAUAUUCAGCAUUUUGAAUAGUUUUCCCCGAGUUUGGUUCGGUUCAAAAUUUAAGUAAUUGAGUUCAAACAGUGACACAUCUCUAAUAUGUAUUUCUUGUUAAUAAAAUAAUUUUCAUUAUUACAUCCAUUACAGGUAGUAAUUCAUAUAUCAAUACUCCAAGUCCAAUAAAUACUGCUAGCCCUCGCAGUAUACAGUAUCAUCAAGUUCCGUCACCAUCGGGUUCAUAUGCAAGUUUAAUGUCUUCGUCUUCUGUAUCUUCUCCAGGACUUGCUGCUCCUUCACUAACAUCAUUUGGUAAAUAAACAAUUUUGAAGUAUUAUUAACUGUACUAGUUAAUUUAUAUGAGUUUUAUUAAUAAAUAAUAAUAAAUGGUUAAUAGGUUUACCACCAGGAUGGCAGACAACAGAUAUUUUUGUCCGUAUCACUGAUUCAGAUUUAGCUGGACAAAGUGGAAUUAUUAGAGAUGUUAGUGAAGCAACUUGUAGUGUUUAUUUGCCAGAAGAAGAACGUGUAGUAACAAUUGAAAAUGAUAAUUUGGAACCAAUAAUGCCUAAAUCCAAGGAUCAUGUGAAAGUUUUAUGUGGUUCAUAUAGAGAUAGGACAGGUAAUAUGUUGGCAAUUGAAGGCAGCGAGGGUGUUGUUCUAAUGCCAGAUGAGAAAAAUCCCAUACUUAUUCCUCUUUUGCAUUUGUGUUUGGCAACUUAAUUAAAUUAAGAAUGUAAUAAAUAUAUUACUCAAAUAAUUAAUUCAGGACAUGAACUUGUGUGUUUUAUUUUAUUUUAUUUUUUUAUAUUCUCAUAAAGAAAAAAG